AUGUCUCUGGCAGACUCGUACUAUUUGCCCACUACGCCUCCUACAGUAGCUAGACUACAUGACGUAGAUGGAGCACAUAGUCGCAACCACUCCGGCUCCUCCCGCCAUUCUCAGGGUUCUUCUCCUGACUCUGUCUUGACUGCGGCCACCACCCCAAGCAUAUCGCCAAACUACCAACACGGACCUCCACUCCUGCCCAAGAUCCGGACGCAGGAUGUUAUUAUUGAGCCUAUCUCUAAUGUCGGACCACGUCGUCAUCGUCGUGUCUUGUCCAGCACUCGCAACCCUCCUGGGUUCAUGCCCUAUCCCUUGAACCGGCCAUAUCCUCUGUCACGAAACGCAGUAGAUGCUCCUGAUUGUAACGGCCUCAUCUCGCCUAUAUCACCAGCCUCGGUUCAAACUCCAGUGACGACGAGUGGCCUAUCCUCUCCAAUUGCUCUGACAACGGCUGCGAAACGCAAGAGUACCUCUGGCCACUCGCGUUCCGAUUCUGCAUCAAGCAUCGAUGACGGUACCAUCUCCCGCUACGGCUACCCAACCUAUAGACAGCUUCCCAAGUAUCUCUCUCGGUCAGAUGCUUCCCCCGUUAGUCCGGUCGACGGCACUUCUUUUGUCUUUCCUCCCUAUGGCCAGGUCCCUCCGGUGCGCGUACUUCGCCCACUUGAUGUGCAGUCGCAGUCACCGUAUGGGGCGGCAAUUCCAUCGCCUCAGUACGAGUAUCUCCGUGUUCAAAGCGCUCAGCCAUCCCCAGUCGGCUUUCUUACACCAGCUAUGCCGUCGCCAUCAUCGUCGACCACCUUGUUAACCCACUUGACCGAUCCUAUACCUGCAGUCAACCUGGUCCGCACAGUCAACUACGGCCCAACCCGAGGCCUUCAUGAUUAUUUCUGGUGGGAUGUUCGCCAACUGCGCAGCUGGUCGUCCUUUUGCCCUUCCACCUUCAACCAAGUCAAGGGACUCACCCAGCUUUUGAAAACCCCGAUUCCUGGUCAAUUCACACCACGGCCGUCUGUCCCGUCCAAUCGGUUGGCACCCGAGUCGGAAACCUCGCUUAUUGGAGUCAUAAAUGACAUUUAUGCGCCUCUCCUCAACGCAGCUCUGGCAGUGUCACAAGGGAAUGACCAUAUGAGACUUUAUAUUUCCCCGGAGGCUACUUCACCAGGUAGAGGAGUCGCCAAUGGACCUCAUUUCCUAGCAAACUACUCUUCCGACUCCGAACAAACCAGCUCGGGCUCGCCGCGGGGGCGCGUGGUUGGAAUCGCCAAAUGUUUUGAUCGCUGGAAUACAGGCAUGCGCAACGAACCUCCCCAUCGUCGUGUAGAAUACCUAAAAGGCAUCGCCCAUCUACAGCGGUGUAUGCGCGAGCAUUCUUGCCGGUACGGGUUUAUUAUCAGUGAGAUCGAGUUAGUGUGUGUUCGCGCUGGAUGCGACGAUGACGACGAUGUCCCUUACUUUGGAUACCUUGAACUCUCGUCCCCGAUCCCCACGAGCGAGUCAUCAGCAUCCUAUGAUGGCUCAAGAAGAUCCGUCACCCCCCGCUCUUCUGAUGGAGAGUCGCGUAGCGUCUCCCCAUCUUCGUCCUCGGAAGUGGACGAUGGCCGCGGACUGGGAGCUCCCAUGACGGCAGCAUUGGCACUGUACUUUCUUCUCAUGCUGUCGAAAGCAGUCCCUCUACCCUCACAGCCCUCGGGCCAUCUCAAUGUCGGCGGACUCGGAGCCCUCAGCCGGCAACGAGUCCUACCUGACGCCAAGGACAAAUGGAUGCCCGAGCCACAGACGGGCGAGAAGCGAGAAGCAAAACGAGUGCGCGGCUGGAUCUGGCCUCAGGAUGCCUGGCAUCGACGCGAGGGUGCUCGCCCGAGGAGUGAAGCCAAGUCGAGGAAAUCGCGCAAAUAG